AUGUCUUCCGGUUACGAAUGUAUAAAGUUGCUUGGUGAAGGGCAAUAUUCCCACGUUUACAUGGCAAGACAUGUUGAGAGCAGCACAAUAGUUGCUUUGAAAAAGAUGAAACUGGAGCUCCGUAAGAUUGACAAUGAGAACAUUCUUCGGUCAGCACUUCAAGAGAUCCGAGUUCUCAAGACUACAGACCAUAAAAAUAUCAUUAAGUACUUUGGUAAAGUUCCCGACUGCACCGUUCCGGAGUUUGUAUUCGAAUACAUGGAUACGGAUCUCUUCAAUCUUAUCAAUAAGUGUUUGACUCCGUUCAGUCCUCAUGUUAGCAAGAACAUCAUAUCGCAACUCUUGAUUGGUGUCGAAUAUUUGCAUACAAACUUGAUUUUGCAUAGGGACUUGAAACCUGCCAAUUUGCUUCUGAACACUGCCGGACGUCUUAAGAUUGCGGAUUUCGGACUUUCUUGGUCGCAGAAUACAAGUCAGAAAACUCUUGCUUAUGAGGUUGUCACUCUCUGGUAUCGUGCUCCGGAACUACUCUUUCAUACUUCGUCAUAUAAAGGUGAAAUUGAUAUUUGGUCAAUUGGAUGUAUCUUGGCUGAAAUGAUAACCAAAAAACCAGUAUUUCCCGGUACGAGCGAAAAAGAUCAACUUCGGAGAAUAUUCAAUGUUCUCGGAGUUCCAACGACUGAGGCAUGGCCAACAAUGACUGAACUGAGAGGAUACAAAAAUAUCGUAACUGACACUCAACCACCUGGAUUGCCAUCCAUGUUCCCGAACGCCACUCUUGACGUCAUCAGUUUCCUUGAGAAGUGCUGGGUUAUGGAUCCAUCUCAGCGAGCAUCCUGCCAACAACUUCUCAAACAUGAAUACUUCACCACUUCCCCAUUGAGUUGUGCAGAUGAGAUUUUGGGCAGUCUUGUAGAUAGACUCAAAAAGGCAAAAUCUCAAGCCCCCACCAAAUAG